GCUGCUUGUCUUUGUGGAGGCGCAAGAACAGGGAGGAGAUCCAGGAGCAGAUUGUUUUUUCAAUAAGAGGUGUGAUUGCAACUAUUCAGCCCUGGAGCUGUUGGACAGGAUGGCCACAGGCGCCGACGAGUGUCCUGGAAAGGCCGGUCAGUACCGGGUGGACCACCUCCUCAGUGCAGUGGAGAGUGAGCUGCAGGCCGGCAGCGAGAAGGGCGACCCCACGGAGAAGGAACUAAAAGUGUCCUUGGAUGAGAACGAGCUUUGGCAAAAAUUUAAGACUCUUACAAAUGAAAUGAUUGUUACAAAGAAUGGCAGGCGCAUGUUUCCGGUGCUGAAAGUGAACGUGUCCGGAUUGGACCCAAACGCCAUGUAUUCUUUUCUGCUGGACUUCGUAUCUGCGGAUAACCACAGGUGGAAAUAUGUGAACGGGGAGUGGGUCCCUGGUGGCAAACCUGAGCCUCAGACUCCGAGCUGUGUGUACAUCCAUCCGGACUCUCCAAACUUCGGUGCGCACUGGAUGAAAGCUCCCGUCUCCUUCAGUAAAGUUAAACUCACCAAUAAACUCAACGGAGGAGGUCAGAUAAUGUUAAAUUCCCUACACAAGUACGAGCCACGCAUCCAUAUAGUGCGGGUUGGAGGCCCGAGGAGGAUGAUCACCAGUCACUCGUUCCCAGAGACACAGUUCAUCGCAGUAACAGCAUACCAAAACGAAGAGAUAACUGCUCUUAAAAUAAAGUACAACCCUUUUGCCAAGGCUUUCCUAGAUGCAAAGGACAGAAGUGAUAAUAAAGAAAUACAAGAAGAUUCCAGUGAGAACCAGCAGUCGACUUACUCUCAAUUAGGUGGUUGGUUUAUUCCAAACACAGGAUCUCUCUGCCCACCUGCCAGCCCUCACAGUCAAUUUGGGAGUCCCAUCUCCCUCUCGCCGUCCCACGGCUGUGAGCGCUACUCCACCCUGAGAAACCACCGCUCUGCCCCCUACACCAGUCCCUAUGCCCAUCGGACCAACUCGCCCAUCAGUUACUCCGACAACUCAUCAGCCUGUCUAUCAAUGCUCUCAAGCCACGAUAACUGGUCCGGUCUACAGAUGCCAACACACUCAAGCAUGAUGCCUGUGGCCCACAAUUCCACCUCUGGUACCAACUCGAGUCAGUACACCAGUCUGUGGUCUGUGAGUAACUCGCCACUGACGCCUGUGUCCCAGAAUGGUGGGAUAAACAACGGCCUGAGCUCUCAGUUCCUUCGAGGUUCCAGCAGCCACUACCCCAGCCUGUCUCACUCAGUCACAGUGCCAUCCUCUGGCUCUCCCAUGUACGACAACGGCACAGCUGCAGAAGUGCAUGACGCAACUCAGUAUGACACAGGGUCACCACAUGGGCGACUACCUUCAGCCUGGACUCCUGUGACUCCUCCAUCCCUCUGAUGGAAGUGUCUCUGCAAGUUUGGAGCAUGACAUGUUGUCUGGGGAUAUAUAAUCUGCUGUGACUUAAAGGAAGAUUUAACCCUAAAUAACAUCAGUUGGUAAUAAUAAGAACAGAGACUUUGUGUUCUGUUUUAAAUAAAUUACCUAGAAAUUUUGGUAGAUUUUUCCUUUAAAGUCCAGAUGUUUUUAUUCAGCAUAGCAGGAACAAUAUAUAUUUUAAUGUUUGUGAGCCAAAAUUAAUUUUAACCUGCUUAUAUUAAGCAUAACUCCAUGAUAUACACAGCAGUGAGCAAAACAUAUGUACAGUUUAAAAAAUGUUAAGUGAUUUUAAACAUUGUUUAUAGUGUAAAUGAGAAAAUAUUUGAGGUUUACCAUGUAAAUAGAUAAAUGAGGCUUUUUGUACCACAACAACAUUGUCUGAGAUGUUAUGUUUGAUGAUUAUUUUAAAAAAGAAAAUAAAAAGGGAUCUCAUGUCUAUACUCUGCCAUGCAGAUGAUACACAACUUUCUGUAUCAUUAAACAGUGUUGUCUUUCAGUUUGCUGUUUUUGAGGUCAUUUACAUGACAUUAAAAACCUGAAUGUGCUUUUCUUCCUGUUGCUCAUUGCACACUACACUGCUCUUUAUGGUGAUUAUAUUGUCCAAAUCCAUCCAC